AGCUCCCAUCGUCUCUGAAAUCCAGCGGAGGUUGCAGACAUGGCCAGUAGAGCGAUACUUGGAACUUUCAAAAAUUAUUCCUUCACUUCCCGAAUCCCCAGAGCUUAUAGAUCUCUUAGCACUUUAGUCUUAGCCGAACAUGACAGUGGAUUGCUCAAGUCGCAGUCCUUGAGUGCAGUAGAAGCUGCAAAGUCCUUAGGUGAGGACAAUUCUGUCUCUAUGCUACUGGCUGGAUCAGGUCCUUCCCUUCAAGAAGCUGCUGCACAUGCUGCCUCAUGCCAUCCUUCCAUUUCUCAGGUGCUCGUGGCUGAUUCUGAUAAAUUUAUGUAUCCUCGAGCAGAACCAUGGGCUAAAUUAGUCCAAUUGGUUCAGCAGAAAGGUGGAUACUCACAUAUAAUUGCUGCUUCAGGUUCGUUUGGGAAAAAUAUACUACCGCGUGCAGCUGCCGUUCUUGAUGUUUCUCCUGUUACUGAUGUCAUUGAAAUGUCAGGAUCUCAAAUUUUUGUCAGGCCAAUUUAUGCUGGAAAUGCUCUUUGUACUGUUCGAUACACUGGUUCAAACCCUUGUAUGUUGACCAUUAGGUCUACCUCUUUUCCGGUGGCCUCGAAGUCAGCUGAUUCAAAACCUAAUCCUGCGCCAAUUGACCAGGUUGAUCUCUCAACCUUUGGCGAAGAUGCAAUUGCUCAAUCUCGAUAUAUAGGACAUACAUCUCAGGAUACAGAACGUCCGGACCUCGGAAAUGCACGUGUUGUAGUUACUGGGGGUCGAGGUUUGAAAAAUGCUGAGAACUUCAAAAUGAUAGAGAAGCUUGCAGAGAAACUUGGUGCAGCGGUUGGUGCCACUCGUGCUGCUGUUGAUGCUGGGUUUGUUCCUAAUGAACUUCAGGUUGGUCAAACUGGAAAGAUCGUUGCCCCAGAACUGUAUCUGGCUUUUGGUGUUUCCGGAGCCAUUCAACACUUAGCAGGCAUGAGAGAUUCUAAGGUCAUUGUUGCUGUAAACAAAGAUGCAGACGCACCCAUAUUCCAGGUUGCUGAUUAUGGUCUUGUAGGCGAUCUGUUUGAGGUGAUUCCAGAGUUGCUAGAGAAGUUUCCUGAGAAGAAGUAAACCAUUUUAUUCAACUUACCAAGUGCCAAAAACUAAUGAAUUUCUUGAAACCAGAACGUUGGAUAUGAAUAACAACGAGGAUGAUGAUAAUUGUACCUUGAUGACAGCAGUCAUUAAAUGAUUUCCAGCCAAAAAAAAAUACAUAUUUUGAGGUACAUUUUGCCAAUGAUAGAUAGAAGCACUGCAGGUCUAAUUUUCCCCCAUAUAA